AUGCUCCAGGAUCUUUGUCAGGAUCUUUGUGGUAUGUUGAUGAGAUUUCGAACUCAACCCAUAGCAAUUGUCGCCGAUAUAGAAAAAGCGUUCCUCCAAAUACGAUUACAGGUAGAUCAACGCGACGCUACUCUAUUCGUUUGGCUCAAAGACUGUGAUCAUCCCACAUUAAACGAACAGAAUAUUCAGGAAUACAGAUUUUGUAGGGUACCUUUUGGAGUAGUCAGUAGUCCGUUUUUACUUGGUGCAACUGUAGAUUUUCACCUGAAAAUUUACAUUGAUGAAGUAGCAGAGAAGCUAAGAAAUAACACAUAUGUAGUUAAUGUUGUUGCUGGAGCGGAAAAUGCCAGUCAAGCAAUGCAUAUAUGCACAAAGGCCAAAUCUAUGUUCACAGAAGCCUCCGUGAAAGUGCCUGGACACUCUUGGGAUGUCAAAAAGGAUACGAUGUCUUUAAAAACUCCAAAAUUCGUUGUAGUCUCACGUGACGUUACUUAA